AAAAGUAUGGCAUCGGCAAUCAUGAUAUUUUAACCGGUGGUACAGCUGGGCAAACUAUUCAAAAAUCUGUCGAAUUGGAUAAAAUGUUUACAAGUUUUGCUAUAGCUGGAUUUGGAAUUAGCCCUAAUCUUUGGGGACUUUUCAGAAUUAUUCCGGAAAAAUAUGUUAAUAAUGAGAAAAUAAACGCUCAGGAAUAUGCUGUAGAACAUUGGAAUGACCGAAUAGAAUUUACACUUUUUCAACUUACUGCCAACAUGGGAGGUUUCUUAAGCGUACUUAGUGUUAUUUAUCUUGUUCUAUUUGGAUCACGAAGAAUCAAUCCUUGGGGUAUUGUUCAACGUCAUUUACUUAAAGUAGUGCCUUCCACUCACUCUGCAAUGGCUGAGACUAAUGAUUCACAAACUCAGAAACGCCCUUCUUUCGAGAAAACAUGUAUUUUAUCAACAACUGCAAAUACGGAUGAGCCGACCAUUCAACAGAUAAAACAGGAAUUGCGUGAUGAAAUGAAAAGUGAAAUAGUGAAAUUAAGAGAGUUUCUGA